AUGAAGGGAGCGGCAAUCCGCGCCCUGAAGCCCCUGAGCUUCCCGUUCCAGACCCAGUCGCCCUUCCUGUUCGCGGUGUACCACCUCGAUGCGUACCCCGAGGGAAUGAAGGACCCUGACGGCACGCCCAACAUGCGCGUCAACCGCCCGCUGCACAACCACAACAUCGGCGCGGACUUCCACCACCCGGACGGGUGGAGCAUGUACCACGGCAUGUCGGGGAUUCCCGGCUUCCCGCAGCAUCCGCACCGGGGGUUCGAGACGGUGACGGUGUGUCGCACGGGCCUGGUGGACCACCACGACUCCUUGGGGUGCGCGGGGCGCUUCGGGAACGGCGACGCGCAGUGGAUGACGGCGGGACGCGGGGUGUCGCACAGCGAGAUGUUCCCCUGCGUCAACACGGACGCCCCGAACCCCCUCGAUCUGUUCCAGAUCUGGCUGCUCCUCCCCGCGGCGAAGCGCAUGGUGGAGCCGUACUUCACGAUGCUGUGGGGGGAGAAGCUCCCCAAGGUGGAGGGGGGGGGAGUCAAGGUGGCGGCGAUCGCGGACGGGGCGCGCAUGCUCGGCGAGGACGCCGCGCCGCCGCCGCCGCCCCCGGACUCCUGGGCGCACGACCCCGCCAACGAGGUCGCCAUCCUCACCAUCACGCUCCAGCCCGGCAGCUCCUGGACGAUCCCGCCAGCCUCCAAGGGCGUGAACCGCAGUUUGUUUUUCUUCAAGGGCGACAAGGUUGACGUGGACGGGAAGCAGCUGGACGCCCACGCGAACCUGCACCUGGACCCGGCCGCGGAGUGCGCGGUCAGCAACAGCGGCUCGGCGCUCGCGGAGCUGCUCCUGCUCCAGGGCAAGCCCGUGACCGACCCCACCGUGCAGCGCGGGCCCUUCGUGAUGGGCAGUGACGCGGAGAUUCAACAGGCGUUCAUGGACUACCGCAUGGGCAAGUUCGGCGCGUGGCCGUGGCCCACGGACGACCCGGUGGCGCCCGCGAACGAGACGCGCUUCGCGAGGUACGCGGACGGGCGCGUCGAGCGGCCGUAG